AUGAGCUGCAUGGAACCAAAAUCAUCACAGGAAUUUGAUACUUCCCUGGAUAGUGCCCUCGAAAACGACCCUUACGUUGUCGUCUACUACACUGCCGUUUGGUGUGGUCCAUGCAGAGCCAUUGCACCGGUCUUUUCAAAUGCCUCCAUAGAUAAUCCAAAGGUCAGGUUCUUCAAGGUCGAUAUUGACCAAAACCAAGGAUCCAAAAGAGUUGGUGCCAUCUCCUCUGUUCCAAAGUUUGAAUUCUACAAGAACGGUACCAAGGUUUCCGAAUUUUCUGGUGGUCGGGCCUCUCCUGCCAACCCCCAAAAGCAUCUUGCUGAUCUCCAAGCCUAG